GCUGUUUUAUGUUAUGUCUAAUAUAGGUGCAGGUUUAUGUCAUAUCUUAUAUAAUGGCUGAUUUAUGCCAUGUCUUAUAUAGUUGUAGUUUUAUGUCAUGCUUUAUAUAGUGGCUGUUUUAUGUCAUGUCUUAUAUAUGAUGGUAUAGUGUUUGUAUUAUGACAUGUCGUUUGAAAGUAUUUUCGCGGAUAUUUUAUAUUUAUAGUUUAAGAAAGAACUUGUAAGAAUGCAAGCCAGUAUUGGAGGCGAGAUCGUGACAUUACAUACAAACAGUUCAAGCACUGCUGACCUUGUAAACGAGCAAGUUCACAUUUCCAGGAAGGAGGAGAGCGAGAGACAUUUUUGUUUAUGUAAUCUUGGAGAUAUAAUUCACAAGUAUCAACAAAUGACGACACUAAUACCGAGAGUUAAACCUUUUUAUGCUGUAAAGUGCAAUGAAGAAUUACCAGUACUAAAGGUCCUCGCUGAUCUGGGGGCAUCAUUUGACUGUGCUAGUAAGCACGAGAUAGAAAAGGUUCUCAAUAUUGGCGUAACACCAGCACGUGUCAUAUACGCACAGCCAUGCAAGCAACCUUCAAUGCUGAAGUUCGCGAAACAGAAAGGUGUGGACAAGAUGACGUUUGACAACGUGGAGGAACUGUAUAAAGUUAAGAAGAUAUUUCCAACAGCUAGAUUAGUUUUGAGAAUAAUGAUAGACAGUGAGUAUAAGGGGAACCAAGAUUUCAGCAGUAAGUACGGGUGUCAUCCAUUGGACGUUCCCACAGUUCUCGAGACCGCAAAAGAACUAAACCUUAACGUCGUCGGUGUAAGUUUUCACGUUGGUAGCAACUGUUAUGACUCUAGGGCAUUUUCAGCAGCCAUACAGCAAUCAAGGCAGGUAUUUGAUACCGGGGCUGGUCUUGGCUUCAAUAUGACACUGCUUGACAUAGGAGGUGGUUUCCCAGGUCAACUUGAUACUGGUAGCACAUUUCAGCAGAUAGCUGAUGUUGUAAACUCCAGCUUAGAUACACACUUUCCAUAUAAGGAAGGUUUGGAGGUUAUAGCCGAGCCGGGACGCUACAUGGUCGCAUCCGCUUUUACUAUUGGCGUCAACAUCAUAGCAAAACGUAUUGUGCCGCAUAGACCAAACAAACAAGAUAAAGGGACUGGCAUAAACAGAAAUGAUCCGACUGUAAAGUCUAUAAUGUACUAUGUGAAUGACGGAGUUUACGGGUCAUUCCUGGGUAAACUUGCAGAUUACAGAAAAUAUGAGGCAAAAUCUUUAAAGACUGAGGUAGCUGCUGUCAUGUAUGAAAGUAGUAUCUGGGGACCUUCAUGUGACAGUGUUGACUGUAUUGUAGACUCUACAUUAUUACCAGCACAUGAUGUUGGAGAAUGGCUGUAUUUCCCCGACAUGGGCGCAUACACCUUGUCAUCACACACAAACUUCAAUGGAAUGGAAGAGCCUAAACUAAUCUAUUACUGUCAAACAGACAUUUGGAAUCAGUUAUACAGUGAGAAGUCUUGCCAGUAUAAUGGACCAAAUAAUACAACAUAAGAGUUAUAUAGUCUCACAAGCAUACUUUAUGCUGUUGAUACAUGAGUUAGUCUUGUCUGAAACAAUUGCAAGUAACAUGUAUUUUAUUCCAGUCAGAUUGACUUAUUUGAAAGCAAGUGUUCCAUUUAGUCUGACAAAUUGGAAUUUCAUUAUUUUUAUGUAUAUAUUGUACAUGUCUGAUGUACCUUUAACACAAAGUAGUAUAGGCUUUAUUUAACAACAUAUUGAAACGUACCCGGGGUCUGAUAGCCCGGACACACUUCAAUAUCGACACGUGGGUUCUUCUCAAACACACGUAAAUGGAAAAGGGAAAGUUAGGGACACAAGGACUAAAAGAUACGGACACCUGAAAUAAGAUUAACACUACAAUUUAUUAAAUAUACAUUUCACAAACAAUAAAAUUGGUAUAUAGUAUUUUCUGUGGAUGGCUCUGGCUUGGGCUCCUCGUCUUAGGUCAGGAAUAUUCUUCUGUUACGUCUAGAAUUAUGUAUGAUAUAAGAUGUAAUGUAAGGCUUGACAAAUACGGUGUCACGUCUUGCCUGUGGUCAGGUACAAAUUUUAUGGUAGGAAUUGCCAUGAAAUGCUAUAGGGUUGAUGGGGUAUCUAAAAUGGUAACUACAAAAUACAGUGGUGUUCUACCCUGGUAUGUGGGUAUCACUAUAAAAUAUGAGAAUAUGGCUAUGGAAACUUGGUCUUCAGUCAGGAUCUAUCACAAAUGGAAAAUAAUGCCAAACUGCCAAACUAGAUGAUUUAAUAUAAAACUUCUAUAUAAACUAUUACUGGCACAAAGUAUUGUAUACCUUUCUGGUGGCUGGAGAUACAUCCAUAUUCAAUAAUGUAUAGGUGUGGUCUGGUGGUUAUCUACCAAGGUACUGACAAUUUUGGCAGAUUCGGGCUGCUAUUUAUAGUCUCGGACGCUGGGUGGCUAGCUUGCUUGGCAGUAUCGUCAUCGUCUCCGAUGACGUCACUGCCUAGCUCGCGCGGGCAGAAAUUUAGCCAGUGCCAGCUGCCAUGUUUAAAUUGGCAGCGUGUGGCUAAUUGAUCAUUAAAACGGCUACAACGUAGAAAAUAAGUUAUUUUAAGUAAUAUAACCAUCGUAAAUAUUAAAAGGAUGAAGUUAUCUAUGCAUGCAGUGUAUGUAUUGAUGAUUAAAAGUCGAUGUCAUGAAGUAGAGUUAAUUACUUCAGUACUUGAGUAGUUUCCGGAUACGGGUUUAUUUUCGGACGUAAAAUGAUGGGCUUGAUCGUUACAAUAUAAUGGGAGAAUAGGAAGCAAUUUUUAUAAUUAUCACAUAACUUUAAACUUAAUAUACUUCUGUAUUUCUUGACAGCACUGAUAAUUAACUCGUAGUAAAUAAAGUUUUAUUUUAAUACUUGAUCUUGCUUGCAAUUCAUUCCAUUCGAGGAAAGUACCAUUCACAUUCAUAAUAACUUUGAUAAACCCUUAUACUUUUAUCAUACCAUGUUUUUAUGAAAAUAGGUUUUCUAUCCAUCAAAAUAUAUUGGUUAUAGAACAGGGGCAUUUCUUACAUUUCCAUAGAAAUAAUCGGUAUUUUUUCUAAAAAUUCUUCAUAAGCACCUAAAACAUCUUUCCAAAAUGAAUUUUUCAA